GUACGUCUUGCCCAACUAUCUCUUUUAAUACUUAUUUCUAUCCUACCCCACGCACACAGACGCAGCGUCCCCCCGUCUUGCCGUGUACACACCUCGUCUGUGUGGGUGGACUUCUUUCGGGGUGGCUCUGUGUGCGAAUUUCUUUCGAGACGUAAUAAGGGGACCGUUUCUUUCCCGCUAAGGUUUUAAUGUCGACCACGGUUCGGCGGCGGACGCGCGCCUUCGCGGUUGCAACUUUUUGCAGUGCUUGUGUUUUGUGGCUAAGGAUUUUCUGAUCCAGGUCUGGCCAUUUAAAAUGUCUGCGUCAUCGUUAUUACACCGGCACACUGAUGCCGAUUUCAGCACGAAGUUCUUUAAAUGGGACAUGUGACAGACCAUGUGUUCAUAGACAAGUGAAUGUGCAGAACAAUAAAGUGUUUAGACGAUGCAUUUAUCGAGUGAAGUGACGUCGACCACGAGUGGGUUGGGGCAUGAGGCGCCGUCGUCUAGUUAUGGGGCGUUACCCAGCCAGCCGUUGACGGCUGAGCUGCUAGCUGAGCGGACGCUGGAAGGCCUUUUGGCUGAUCAUCCAGGCGAGCUGGUCAAGACUGGCAGUCCGCAUGUGGUUUGCACAGUCCUGCCCCCACACUGGCGCUCCAACAAGACCCUCCCCGUGGCCUUCAAGGUGGUGGCCCUUGGCGACGUCGGCGACGGCACCCUGGUCACAGUGCGAGCAGGGAACGAUGAGAACUGCUCCGCGGAGCUGCGGAACUGUACGGCGGUGAUGAAGAACCAGGUCGCCAAGUUUAAUGACCUGAGGUUCGUUGGGAGGAGUGGAAGGGGUAAAUCCUUCACGCUGACAAUAAUGCUGGCCACGUCACCGCCACAAGUGGUGACGUAUCAGAAAGCCAUCAAGGUGACGGUGGAUGGGCCGCGCGAGCCGCGCUCCAAGACCCGCCAUCAUGGCUUCCAUCCCUUCCACUUCGGGCCGCGGUUCGCGCCGGACCCACUGAUGGGAUCCCUACCGUUCAAACUAUCAGGCAUAGCUCAUCAGUUGGCUGGCCUACCAAACGGCGAGUGGGGGGCGUUAGCGCGGCACUACCCCCCUCCCCUGCUACCACCACACGCACAUUUCACCCCGCAUGUGCUACCACCUCAUGCGCCUGGGCACCCUCCACAGGCACACGAAACUGAUGUGACAUCCGAGAACCCUACAACAGUGCACGCGCACAGCACGACGAGCCCUGCCAACUCGCGGCCGAGCUCCCCGCAGAGCGACGACAUCUCUGUCACGGCCUCCAUCAGCCCGCCACCCGACGACCGUCCAGGAGCCUUCACCUCCGUCACCAGAACAAGGAAACCCCUCCAGCCUCUACCAGCACCUUCCAGUCUAUUCCACAGCGCGUUAGCUGCACAACUGUUCCUAAAUUCCCCUAUAAUACCUACGCCGCCAGCGUGGCUUUACUCUCAACUUUACGGUGGCUACGAUUGGUGGCUCAGACCACCACCCCCUCAUGAAGAUUCCAACUCCAGUCCAGACAGAGAAGAAGAAGCUAACUCUACUCCACCUAGCGGUGGAAAAAAGAGGCCCGCUUCACCGGAAUGGACGGAACCAGGGGUCAGAACGCGCAGCAAAGCAUUGACUACUUCCGAACGAAGACCGGUUGAUGUGUGGCGUCCGUAUUAGACUUUUUUUUUUUAUCUAAGGACUCGUGAAAAAUACAGGAAGACUUUAGUGUUCGGCUCGCUAACCGUCCGGAGUGAUAAGUGUGUGGACAACCGGUUAUAGAUGUUAACGGUGGCUAAAUAUAGUGAU